UUUCAUAACAUUUCAAUUGUGAGAAUAGCAGCAUAAUUGAAUGAAAUUGCAAUUGUAACACAAAAGUAGGAAAAUAAUAACAAGAAUGGCUUUGUCCAGAGCAUCGAAAGAGUUUAUACCAAAAGAUGCCGUUGUUAUAACAGAGGAAGAAGCACUGACGUACCAAUGGAACAUUAUAUCAAACUGGGAGAAGCUAAGCGAUGUGUGGUCUCUGCGAUAUGGCCCAGGAAUACUUGCGGCAUUUGCAACCGGCACUGGUGUGUUUGUGAACAACCAUUAUCGUAAUAAAUUGCGGCUAGGUUCAUAUGGCCGAUUUUCGACAUAUCUUCCUAUAGUUGUUAUUCCUGCCAUCUUCACAUUGUCGUGUCAUAAGUUCUUUGUCCAACGGCCUAUAUUACUGGAGCCAAUGGCUCAAUGCCCCACGUGUGUCCAGAUGAGAGCUAUGACUUUUCAAGCGGGAUUUGGUGUUGUGUACCCCACAAUUCUGGCUCCUUUUGCUGCAUGCAUGUUUGCCACCCGCCAUUAUACCUACAGAUUACCCUCGAUUACGCAAAAUCCCAUGGAGGUGUUUCAGUUAAUUCGGAAGUUUACUAAGCCUAUAAUUCCUAUUCUAAGCGCAAUAUUUUGUGUUCAAGGCUUGGCAGCUAUCUACCUAACAUACGAGGAGCAAAAAGAAAAUCUUAUAGUCUUGGCAAAAAUGAGAAAGAUAGAGCAAGAAGCAGAAGAACGAUUGGGCCUUUAACAUAGUAGUACCUCAUGCAGACAGUGAAAUAUUUAUAAAUUUGUAAAUAGUAACAAUUA